AUCGCGGCGGCGGCGGCUAGACGGACUCGGAGCUGGGAGCCCGGAGCGAGCAGCAGCGUCUCGGCGCCCGCUCGACGCCGCGCUAACCUCGAAGAUGCAUUUCAUUUUCUCCAAUGAGGUGGUGCUUCUGUUUGAUUUCUGGAGCGUCCACAGUCCUGCAGGUGUACCUGGAGGGUGACGUCAGAUCGGGAGAAUCUGCAGAGACAGGAGGCUGUGGUCCAGACGAAGGCUUGUAUCGUCAGCGAGUGUCCCUGGAAAGCUAUGGAGGAAAACGCUGCCGGGAGACGACUGGGGCAUGGCCCUGUCCGUGCUGGUGGUCCUGUUCCUGGCUGUGCUGUACGAGAGCAUCAAGGUCGGCAAAGCCAAGCUGCUGCACCAGGCUGUCGUGAGCAUGUCCGUCCUCUCCAGCCAGCGGCUCGUUCAAGAGACAGACCAGGAUUCCUCAGCCUCCGACUCAGGCCCGGCCGGCAGAGCCCGCCUCAGGUGGUUUUUCUGUCACUUUGGCCAGUCUCUAAUCCACGUCGUUCAGGUGGUCAUAGGCUACUUCAUGAUGCUGGCGGUCAUGUCCUACAACACCUGGAUUUUCUUCGGCGUGAUCCUUGGCUCUGCUGUAGGAUACUACCUAGCCUACCCUCUUCUCAGCAUGGUUUAGCUGGUGAGGGCACCGAGGGCUAGAGAGAGCUGGGGCGCCCUCUUCCAGACAUUGAACUUCCAGCCCCAUGUCUCCUGUUCCUUCUGAUGGCUGUUCCCCGCCUCGCUCCCAGCUCUUGGAGGCUUCCGGCUGAAGCCAGCACUUGCUGCCUAGAGUCCAGAGGCCAUUGCAGCUCCCUCUGUCCUCAGCCAGCAUGCACAGGGCCCGGACACGGGCGUUUUGUGCCUUAGUAAGGCUUCUGUGACCUGAGGGAGAGUAGAGAGCCCAGAACCUGGGGACAGGGUUGCUGAGCCUGUGAUGACUUAUCCUGUGACUCAAAAAUUAAGCAUUUCCAAAGAUCUUCAAGACAGGGAGAUGGGCUCUGGGUGACGAAGGGCACGGGAGCCGGAUACCUUCUGCCCUCGUGAUCUGUGCCUUCUGUAGAGGGGCGUCUGCCACCGGACGUCCCGACCGCUUCUGUCUCCGAGGGACGACGGAGACCAUACUGCCUCCUCCUCCUCACCUUUCUGCCUUUGGGACACAUAAAGAUUGUCCCCUUCUGUGGAUCAUGAUAACAAACUAAGAUUUUUCAUUUUUUCCCAUUGAACCCCUGGUUGGCAGUUUUGCACACUAAUAAGGACAAAAUUUUUCAUGAGAUGAUUUCAUGCUCUUCACGACGGAUAGCAAUUUCUGCUGGGCACGUUUUCCCUUUCUUGUGGGGAGAGUAAGUGACUGCAGAUUAAAGGCAGAGGAGCAGAACUUAUCAAGGUUCCUCAUGUAGCCUCUGGAUAGCAAGCUUCUCCCAUCAGAGAGCACUGUCCAUGGGAGGAAGCCAGUCUAAGGGCUUGAGGUGUCUGGGGUGGCUCUCCGUGGCUCCAAUGCCCCCCUUUAUCCUGACCCUUCUUUUAUGCAUCACAGAGAACUGCACUGAAUAUUCAAUACGUCAUGUUCUCUAUUUAGUACCACCUGCUCGGCCAUAAUCACCUGGUGGGGAAACGUGAUUUCAUUCACUUGCAGUGCUGGGUAAGCCGCGGGGGGUGCUGACCGAAGAUGCAAUAAGCAGUCAAACCAAAGCAUUAUCUGUAGACUUAGGUGGGGCUCUCCAGAUAGUUUACUUUACAGAAAAGGAAACCAGAGACCCAGGGAGGGACAGUCACUGCUGUAUACUGUAAUGUCUGCACUCCAGUACUUCACGGGCACAUGAACCAUGGUCUUACGCUUUGGGAAUUAAAAAAGAAACAUACAUGUUAAUAAAUACAUAUAUUUUAAGCA